AAAAGAUGUUGCGGCUAAUCCAACUAUCCAAGCGCCCUCUAGUUUACGAGUUGAAAGAGGGCACAAAGGAGAAAUGGCGCCUCGUUAUCGUUCUCUUCUCCUUCUCCCCAAAAUACUCAUGCCCUCCUCUGCUGCAGCUACGGCUGCUUCUGCCUACUCUUCUUCUCUCAACCUCCGUUCCUUCUCUUCACUGCCUCCGCUUCACCACCCGGCUCUUCUAUUCAAAACCAGGGUGAAUUUUCCAUUGAGGAGGUCUUCCGGUCGUUUUCUUGUACAAAAUGCUGUUUCGCCUAGAGCAUUCAUGUCUUCCACCGUCACAACUGAGGCCGCCAAAGAACAAACGACCUCAAGCUCUUAUGGCUCGGACCAAAUUCAGGUGCUGAAAGGUUUGGAUCCUGUAAGGAAAAGGCCAGGGAUGUACAUUGGGAGCACCGGACCUCGUGGUUUGCAUCAUUUGGUGUAUGAAAUUUUGGAUAAUGCUAUUGAUGAGGCCCAGGCAGGAUAUGCUUCGAGGGUAGAAGUCGUCUUGCAUUCGGAUAAUUCUGUCAGUAUUUCAGACAACGGGCGAGGAAUUCCUACAGAUCUCCAUCCAGCGACCAAGAAAUCUUCCUUAGAGACUGUGUUGACAGUUUUACAUGCUGGAGGGAAGUUUGGUGGUUCAAAUAGUGGUUAUAGUGUUUCUGGUGGAUUGCAUGGUGUUGGUUUAUCUGUCGUCAAUGCCUUGUCUGAGAACUUGGAAGUUACAGUUUGGCGUAAUGGGAUGGAGUACCAACAGAAAUAUUCUCGCGGAAACCCUUUGACUAGCCUUAUUGGUCUUUCACUUCCAGUUGAAUCAAAUACUCGCCAAGGGACUAAGAUCCGAUUUUGGCCGGACAAACAAGUAUUUACUACUGAAAUAGAGUUUGAUUACAGCACUAUAAGUGGACGAGUUAGGGAGCUUGCUUUCCUAAACCCAAAACUGCAUAUCACUAUUAAAAGAGAAGAUGCUGAUCCAGCAAAAAAUCAGGCUGAUGAAUAUUAUUAUGCAGGGGGGCUGGUUGAAUACGUGAAAUGGCUAAACGCUGAUAAGACACCAAUCCAUGAUGUUGUGGGAAUCAGCAAAGAUAUGGAUGGAAUCACGGUUGACAUGGCUUUUCAAUGGUGUUCAGAUGCAUACUCUGAUACAAUACUAGGGUAUGCUAAUAGCAUACGUACUGUUGAUGGCGGAACACACAUAGAUGGUUUCAAGGCUGCGCUAACAAGAACUGUUAACAGCCUUGGGAAGAAGUCAAAGAUAAUCAAGGAAAAGGAUAUUAAUUUAAGUGGCGAACAUGUCAGAGAGGGAUUGACUUGCAUUAUCUCAGUCAAAGUACCAAGCCCUGAGUUUGAAGGACAGACAAAGACAAGAUUGGGCAAUCCUGAGGUUCGGAAAGUCGUGGAUCAAUCUGUUCAAGAGUAUGUUACUGAGUAUUUUGAGUUGCAUCCGGAUGUCCUUGAUUUAAUCCUUUCAAAAUCUCUAAAUGCUCUCAAGGCAGCCCUAGCAGCAAAGAGAGCUAGGGAAUUGGUCAGGCAAAAGAGUGUCUUGAGAUCAUCUUCUCUUCCAGGGAAGCUUGCUGAUUGCUCAUCUACCAAUCCUGAAGAAUCUGAAAUUUUCAUAGUUGAAGGUGAUUCAGCUGGUGGAAGUGCUAAGCAGGGCCGGGAUAGGCGCUUUCAGGCUAUUCUACCUCUUCGAGGGAAGAUUUUGAACAUAGAAAGAAGAGAUGAAGCAGCAGUAUACAAGAAUGAGGAGAUUCAAAAUCUUAUACGUGCUCUUGGACUCGGAGUUAAGGGAGAGGAGUUCAAAAAGGAUGCUCUUCGUUAUCAUAAGAUCAUCAUCUUAACCGAUGCGGAUGUGGAUGGUGCUCACAUUAGAACACUUCUAUUGACUUUCUUCUUCAGAUAUCAGAGGGCAUUAUUUGAUGAAGGUUGCAUUUAUGUUGGUGUGCCUCCGCUUUACAAGGUCGAGAGAGGAAAGCAAGCUCACUAUUGCUAUGAUGAAGCGGAUCUGAAAAGGGUCCAAAACUCGUUCCCCCAAAAUGCAUCUUACAAUAUCCAGAGGUUCAAAGGUGAGAACAUGACGGGGCAAGUCGGGUUGGGAGAAAUGAUGCCUGCACAGCUGUGGGAAACAACGAUGGACCCAGAGCAAAGGAUGCUCAAGCAAUUAGUGAUCGAAGACGCAGCUGAGGCCAAUGUGGUGUUUUCUUCUCUCAUGGGAGCUCGGGUAGAUACUCGGAAGGAGAUGAUCAGGAGUGCUGCAGCCAUGUUCGACAUUGAUCAACUCGACAUUUGAUCGAUCUUGUCUAGCCAAUUAGAUUAGCAAUCGAGAUGUCGGUUUCAAAAUCUUUGAUCGGUUUUUGAUGAGCGGAGUGAAACGUCGGUAGCUGUUUUCUGGGUUUUAGGAUUAGGUAGGUGAUGAUGGACGGGUUUUUGCUGCACUGAUUCUGAAGCCACACCUUUGUUCUGAAAUGCUACUGUUUAGUUUCGCGGUGUAGGGACUAGGGACUGUUUCUGUAUAUAUGAUUUGUAAGUUUGUAACAUUAACUAAUGAGAGAAAAAUUAUGAAACGACCAUCCUUGAGGUUAAGUUCUCUAUUGAAAAAAAAAAAAAGUUAAACCUUCCAAGUUAUGUUGUGAUUAUGAACGAUAUUUGCC